AUGGCUAGCACAAUAGCACGCACUGACGAACGCCAGAACGCUGGCACCAUUGAACUCAAAGAUGACACCGUCAUUGUAGUACUAGGUGCAUCGGGGGAUCUUGCGAAGAAGAAGACGUUCCCUGCACUCUUUGGCCUUUUCCGCAACAAAUUUCUCCCGAAGGGGAUCAGAAUCGUUGGAUAUGCUCGGACGAAUAUGGACCGCGAAGAAUACCUGAAGCGAGUGCGGUCAUACAUCAAGACUCCCACCAAGGAGAUUGAGGAGCAGCUGGACAGCUUCUGCAAGCUCUGCACCUAUAUCUCUGGGCAAUAUGACAAGGACGAGUCAUUCAUCAACCUCACGAAGCACCUCGAGCAAGUUGAGAAGGGACAAAAGGAGCAGAACCGAGUCUUCUAUAUGGCGCUGCCCCCUAGCGUCUUCAUCCCCGUUUCGGAGCAAUUAAAGAGGAACUGCUACCCUAAGAACGGCAUUGCUCGUAUCAUCGUCGAGAAGCCCUUCGGCAAGGACCUCCAGAGCUCUCGGGAUCUCCAAAAAGCCCUCGACCCGAAUUGGAAAGAAGAGGAGAUUUUCCGGAUCGACCACUAUCUGGGUAAGGAAAUGGUCAAGAACAUCCUCAUCAUGCGCUUCGGCAACGAGUUCUUUAAUGCCACCUGGAACCGCCAUCACAUCGAUAAUGUUCAGAUCACAUUUAAGGAGCCGUUCGGCACUGAGGGACGUGGCGGAUAUUUUGACGAAUUCGGUAUUAUUCGUGAUGUCAUGCAAAACCAUCUUUUGCAGGUCUUGACCCUACUCGCCAUGGAGCGUCCCAUCUCAUUCUCCGCUGAAGACAUUCGUGAUGAGAAGGUGCGUGUUCUACGCGCGAUGGACCCGAUCGAACCCAAGAACGUUAUUAUCGGCCAGUACGGGAGGUCCUUGGAUGGUAGUAAGCCCGCAUAUAAGGAGGAUGAAACCGUCCCUCAAGAUUCUCGUUGUCCGACUUUCUGCGCCAUGGUUGCGUACAUCAAGAACGAGCGGUGGGAUGGCGUGCCUUUUAUCAUGAAGGCUGGCAAGGCUCUGAAUGAGCAGAAGACCGAGAUUCGCAUCCAGUUCCGUGAUGUGACUUCGGGCAUCUUCAAGGACAUUCCUCGCAAUGAACUUGUCAUCCGUGUCCAGCCUAACGAGUCAGUUUACAUUAAAAUGAACUCGAAGCUGCCUGGUCUGUCUAUGCAGACUGUUGUGACUGAGCUUGACCUCACCUACCGCCGUCGCUUCUCCGACCUGAAGAUUCCAGAGGCGUACGAAUCGCUGAUCCUGGAUGCCCUGAAGGGUGACCACUCCAACUUUGUCCGUGAUGAUGAGCUUGACGCUAGCUGGAGGAUGUUCACCCCUCUUCUGCACUACCUCGAUGAAAAUAAGGAGAUCAUCCCUAUGGAAUAUCCUUACGGCUCUCGCGGCCCUGCGGUUCUUGACGACUUCACUGCAUCGUUCGGUUAUAAGUUCAGUGAUGCUGCUGGCUACCAGUGGCCCCUAACGUCAACCCCUAACCGGUUGUAG